CGAGAGCUUGUAGCCACCGGAGAUCACAGUCCAGUUUGUGUUAACUUGCCUCUCUGCCUUUGAAUGGUUGAAAUGUUCCGGUGUGACAUUCCAGCAUUCCUCUCCCCAUAGCCACUUGAUUACAUCUGAGUCAACCUUUGAGAGUAUGUCCAUUUUUAAAAAAAGAGCAGAACUUGUCAAUCAAGUACUACAUAUCCAUUUUGACAAUCUGGUCUAAAAUGGCAGCUAACAAGAACAAGAAUCAGAGCUCGUUGGCACUACACAAAGUGAUAAUGGUGGGCAGUGGAGGUGUAGGCAAGUCAGCACUAACAUUGCAGUUCAUGUAUGAUGAGUUUGUUGAAGACUAUGAGCCUACUAAAGCUGACAGUUACAGGAAAAAAGUUGUUCUGGAUGGUGAGGAAGUCCAGAUAGAUAUCUUGGACACUGCUGGACAGGAGGACUAUGCAGCCAUUCGGGAUAAUUAUUUCCGCAGUGGGGAAGGUUUUCUCUGCGUCUUUUCAAUAACUGAGCAGGAAUCAUUUACAGCUACUGUAGAAUUUAGGGAACAAAUUCUUCGUGUGAAAGCAGAGGAAGAUAAAAUCCCAUUGCUUUUAGUUGGCAACAAGUCCGAUUUGGAAGAUCGGAGACAAGUGUCUGUUGAAGAAGCAAGGAGCAAAGCAGAAGAAUGGGGCGUUCAGUAUGUUGAGACUUCAGCUAAAACACGAGCCAAUGUAGAUAAGGUAUUUUUUGACCUGAUGAGAGAAGUGAGAGCAAAGAAAAUGUCAGAAAACAAAGACAAAAAUGGGAAAAAAAGCAGCCGGAAUAAAAAGAGCCUCCGAGAGCGAUGCUGCAUACUGUGAUUUUUUUGUUUCUUGGGAUCAAUUGGCAGCAAUUUGAACUUGGGCACUUAAAAUUCAUUUAGCCACUCAAUUUGUUUAUAAUUAAUCACUUUAUAGCAAAAUGGUGUUUUAUUUGAAGUAUUGAGUGGGUUCAUUGUCAAUACAAUGCUCUUUGACUGAUUUAAGUGAGUUGUAUUCUUUGGACCUACUUGUAGGAUUUGUAUUUCCUUGCCUUUUUUCUUACAGGAGCAUUUUAGUUUAGAGCGAACUUAUCAAGCAGUAACAUGCUCCACCUUCCGUGUAGAUCUCUAGAUCCCCUUGUCCAGUUAACUGCUAACUAUUCAUAACCUCUCCUUUCAAAAUCAAUUUGGGAAGUAAUUAAAGGGCAGAUUUCUAAUACAUCAAAAGAAAACUGCAGACUUAUAAAAGGCAGCAUGCAUAAGCUGUUGCAUUACAGCUUGUGUUCAAAGUUUAAUUUGUCUUUUUAAUGUGAAGACUUUAUGUUUAAAAUGGCAUUUGAUAAAGUAGUUUGAACACUCUGAUCCUCUUUUACACAGCACCACAUGUGGGCUUGCAGUACAACAAAAUUCUCAAUUUGUGCUAUUGUUGCACCGAGAGGCAAAUGAUUAAAACCUAGCUUUCUGAUGUAGUGCAAUCGAAGCCAGAUUUAUUAAAACUACUCCUGGCUUUAACAAGUCCAGAGGUAAAAUUUCCCAAGUGUAAUGUUGUUUUCUGAUUUCAUUACAUAGAAAUCUUUCUGGAGGUGUUUUCUCUACAUAAAAUUAAACCAUAAGUCUCUUUAUCUUGAUAAAGAAAAUCUUCGUUUAUUUUUAGUCCUAGGCUUUUCACUAGCACAACAACUACUCUGUUCCAAGAACACAAUUUUGGUAUUUUGCACCCAAUAUAAUUAGUAGUUUUGUAGAGAGAGAGACUAACUCUACUGUCUCUAAGACUGUCAUGUUGCAUUCUCUACCUCCAUGAGUCGUAUUAAAAAUGCUCGAGAUUAAGAUCUUCAGACAGAUCACUGGCACUAAACAGUAUUCCAAGUCUAUUCACCUGAGCAGCCCAUGCAUUAGGGUAUUGGAUUGUGUGUCUCUGUUUUUAUGGUAAAGCAUUGGCGUGAAAAAAAGUUUGAAUAUUUGAGCUAAUUUUGCAAAUGACUGAGCACGUGAAACAUGGUGGCUAUUGUAGGUUUAGCAUUCGUACUUUUUAAAAACGUAUGUAGUCCUGUGUGGUCUUGUUGUAAAAGGUGAUGAAUAAAGAAGAAUUCUUUCAGAUGUUUUUAAGAACACAAAGUUGACCUGUAUGGAAUGGACCAAUAUCUCGCACUGAUUUUUAACAUUUGUAAAGAAACCAGAUUGGAUUGAUUGAUUUUUUUUUUAAGUAAAUCUUGUGAAUGACUUGUAUAAACUUUGGGCUAUUCUGACUUGUGUUUUUAACAAUUUCUGGAUGAAAGUGGGUUAUUACUGCAUUAAAACACUAGAAUAUUGGGACAGUACACCAAUUGAUUUUCCUACAUUUGCCUUAACACAAAUUGCAUGUGAAUUGAACUUGCCCCUUUUUUUUUUGUUUGUUUGAUUUGUAGAUAACAUGACUGAAUUUGUGAUUUAAUGCAAUGUUUAUGUUGAGCUGAAUAGGUUGGAGUUCCAUGCCAAUAAUAAACUGGUAUUGUAUUUGCCAAAAAAUAAUAGCUACUGAUUGUUUACAUUGCCUAACAAAUUGAAUAAUUGAGAUGGAAAUUUCCUGAUUGAGACAAACCUAAUAUCAUGAAAAUGUGAAAUAUUUCAACAUGAAUUAUGAAUAAAACCAGUAACAUGACUAAUCCCUGUCUCCAAUGUUCCUUGAAACAAGCUGAUUUUUGAUUUGUGGAUAUUUUACAGAAAAGUGUUAAAUUACUUUUCAGUGACUAAGAUCAUAGUUAACAUACGAUGCAGUCAGAUUCCUCGGCACCAAAAACAACGCGCUCCAGGGAAGGGAGCUUGGACAAUGUUGCAUAUCCUAAGUACAAGUGUGUAGUGUACUAUUCAAUGCUGCUUUCCAACCUCUGGCCUUAAGGAUAGCUGGAGUGUGAAGUGGAAAUAUCACUCUGGUGUAAUUCUGGUCUGAAGUGACUAAGGUUCACCUGCGUAUCAGGACUGAAGAGUUCAGCCUUUUAUCUUGUGCUUUGUAAAAUGGAAUUGUUUGACAUGGUACAAAAGGACAAAAAUUUGAUUGUGGAAUUCAUAAUUAAAAUCAAUAAGAGUCAUGCUGCCUUUUCUGCAUGCAUGCUGUUUUUUUUACCUUGUCACUGCAGCUGUUGCCUCAAGGAGGAAAGCUGUUGAGCAAGACAACUUGAUGACUUCUCUGACUUCACUAUCAGUACAUAUAGACUUUCCCUCUGUGAGCCUUUUCCAUCUCAAGAUAACUAGGUAUGUUUUGUUAACUUGUUUUGUGUAGAAGUAUAGACCAUUUUCAUAUGUUGUCAGCCUAGGUUUGAUAAACAAUCAAAUAGUGUUUGUAAUCCUAUUGAUAAACUUCCUAAAUGUUUACAUUGUUCUGUCAUGAUAAAUAACUUCUGAAGUCUGUGCUUUUGAUUGUUAAAGACUACAGCCUUGCAAUCUUUUAGUUGAAGUGAAAUUUCAAUUGCCCCCCUCUGCCUUCAAACAAUUAGGGUAAUCCAACAUUUUGCCAGAAAAUGUUCAUUUUGUGUAUUUUCUUGAAUUACUGUCAGGCAUUCUUUCAUCUUUUGCUUUUCCUCUACAUCUUUCAAACAAUUGCCUCACUAAAAGCAUGUGUAAAAAUAAAAUAAAGCAUUAGGUGCACUAACCAUCUAAAUCUGUUUGCUUGGGUAACUUGGUCUAAGUUUUUUGAACAGAAAUGAAACUUCCUUUUUAGGAUGUUUUCUUGUGUACACAGUUUUGUGGAUUUUCAUUAUUGGCUGUAUGUUUUAAUUUCUAUUUAGCAGGCGUUGUGGAUCCAUAAACAAGGAAGAGUUGGAUCAUUGAUAUUUUAAAUCUCAAAUGUCUCUCCGAGUUUGCAUUUUAAAUGGUUUGUGCUGAUCAAAAUCUAGUCUGGACAAGCUUGUAGGAAUAACGUGAUAAAGUAUUUGCUUGCAGCACAUUCCAGAAACAUUUUGUCUUUGCAAACUUGCAUUAAAAGCUAUCGACGAUCCUGUAAUGUGCAAUCAUAAUUCAGAGGAUCGGUCGGAUAAUUUCUAAUUCUUCUGCACGAGAAGGAAAUGUGUAUUGCAGUGUUUAGAUUGUUACGACGCCAUAAAUCCUGAAAGUCAACUGACAAAGUAAUAUUUUAAGGGCUGGUUUCCUAAAGUAGGUUUAUGAUGGUAAGUCUAUCUAGCUGUGUAUGCCUAACUUGCUCUGUAUCUAGAUCAUUUAUUUAAAUUUUUUAAAUCCUUGCAAUAAAUCAAAUGCUUGCUGUUCCUAUGUGCAUUGGCAAAAUCAUGAAUGCUAGCUUUAAGGGACCGGCCACAGUUCGUAGAUUGUAGGAAAUUCUAUUCGGAAGCUGUAACUUUGGAUCAUGGAAUGUCUCAUUUAUGAUGUGAAUUUUUUCCUUUUUUUAAAAUAGUAAAAUACUGAUAAUUAAAACAACCUGAGCCAAAUAUAUUUUUCCCAACCUUGGUAAUCUCAAAGAACAUUUGCACAUUUUAUACUGUGGUAGCAUGUUAAUGAGAUUUUCAAACUAACCAUGUUUUUUCCAAAUUCUUUGAUUCAUCUCAUUGCAUAAUUUAUUAACCAUGACAUUUCACUGUAUUACUUGCAAAAUCUAUUGGUAUUUUAGGGGCUAUUAAUUGUAAAUAUUAAAUGUGUACUACCCUUUUGAUAUAGAACAUUCAUUUGAUUUCUUAAUUGUU